AUGCCGGGACCAGGCAAGACUUUUGCGCCUCUCAAGGCAACCGAGUACUUCUCGCCUUACCAUCGCUCAGGCGCUCCAAAAUCUUCCCAAAUACCCGAUCAAGAUGAUCCAUACGCGAAACUUCGCGCAAAAGCGUUGACAGUUCUUGAAGCACAGGGAUUUGAAGCCAAGACCAUGGUAGAACGCGGUGUGACCUGGGCAGAAGAUCAAGACCCGUUCGGGCAUGUCGCGCACUCACAGUAUUUGCAUUUCUUUGGUAUUUGCUGGCAGCGCGUCAUGGAAAGCUACGACGAGUUCCUAUCUAAGCAGGAAUACGAAGACAUGAUCAAGGGCAAAACUGUCAUCCCCGUUGUGCACAAGUACGAGAUAUUGUUGAAGAGACAAGUUCGAUAUCCAGACUCGCUCAUUGUGGCCAAUCGUGAAGAAAAGUUCACACCGAACCAUAAUAUUGGCACAACAGUCCUUUUUUCUUUACAGCAGCAAGCAGUAGUGGCCCAGGUUACGGGAUCAAUUACAUACAUCGAUGCGAAAACUGGUCGACCAAUUGAUAUCAGGACUGUGAGCGAUGGUUGGGCCAAGUUGUAUGAUGGAUUCACCCGCAAGGUUGAAACGGCAACGGCCCUUCUACGCAAGUGGGAAGAGGAGCAUCCACCCAAGACUAAGACGAAACUGUAG